GACGUGAUGAGUAGUCAAGCAACGGAAGCCGGGAGGGAACUAGGGCGGAAGGGGAUCAGGGGCCAGGAUUGUGUUCGGAUCCUUUGGGGUUCCGAUGUGGUCCCCGGAACGGGAGGCCGAGGCCCCGGCCGGGGGAGACCCGGCGGGCCUCCUGCCCCCUGAGUGGGAAGAAGAUGAAGAGCGUAUGUCCUUUCUGUUCUCCGCUUUCAAGAGGAGUCGCGAGGUGAACAGCACCGACUGGGACAGCAAGAUGGGCUUCUGGGCGCCGUUGGUGCUGAGCUACAGCCGCCGCCAGGGGGUGGUGCGCCUGCGUCUGCGGGACUUGCAGGAGGCCUUUCAGCGCAAGGGCAGCGUCCCGCUGGGGCUGGCCACGGUGCUGCAGGACCUGCUGCGUCGAGGGGAGCUGCAGCGAGAGUCAGACUUCAUGGCCAGUGUGGACAGCAGCUGGAUCUCCUGGGGGGUUGGUGUCUUCCUUCUGAAGCCCCUCAAGUGGACUCUGUCUAACAUGCUCGGAGACAGUAAGGUUCCUGUUGAGGAGGUGCUUGUGGCCGUGGAGCUGCUGAAGGAAAAGGCCGAGGAGGUGUAUCGCCUGUACCAGCACUCGCCACUGUCCUCCCACCCCGUGGUGGCCCUGUCGGAGCUCAGCACUCUGUGCGCCAACUCCUGCCCGGACGAGAGGACCUUCUACCUGGUGUUGCUACAGCUGCAGAAGGAGAAGCGGGUCACGGUCCUGGAGCAGAACGGGGAGAAGAUUGUGAAGUUUGCCAGAGGGCCACAUGCCAAGGUGUCCCCUGUCAAUGACGUGGAUGUCGGGGUGUACCAGCUGAUGCAGAGUGAGCAGCUCCUGUCGCGCAAAGUGGAGUCCUUAUCCCAGGAGGCCGAGAGGUGUAAAGAGGAAGCCCGGCGGGCCUGCCGAGCAGGAAAGAAGCAACUGGCACUAAGGUCCCUCAAGGCCAAGCAGCGGACAGAGAAGCGCAUCGAGGCCCUGCACGCCAAGCUGGACACUGUUCAGGGCAUCCUGGACCGCAUCUAUGCCUCCCAGACAGACCAGAUGGUUUUCAAUGCCUACCAAGCUGGGGUAGGAGCACUGAAGCUGUCCAUGAAGGACGUCACGGUAGAGAAGGCAGAGAGCCUUGUGGAUCAGAUCCAGGAGCUGUGUGACACCCAGGACGAAGUUUCCCAGACUCUGGCUGGUGGGGUAACCAAUGGUUUAGACUUUGACAGUGAGGAACUGGAGAAGGAGUUGGACAUCCUCCUUCAGGACACCACCAAAGAACCUUUGGACCUGCCUGACAGACCCAAAUGUUAUACCAACAGUGUGCCUAACCCUAGGAUCUCCGAUGCUGAACUUGAAGCUGAACUUGAGAAGCUGUCCUUAUCAGAGCCAGAUUUGGUCCCAAGCAGUAAAUCUCCAAAAAGGCUAUUGGAACCAACUCUCUAAAGCCAUGGAAGGACCCUCAAGUGAAGGACCCUCACGUAAAAAAGAGAUCGGCCUCAUAUGUGUACAUAGUUAUUUAAAUGAGAAAUGCUCAGAAUUGGUUGGAAGAGGAGGAAAGAGAAGCACUCUGGUGUAUCUGGAUGCUGCCGCUCAAAACAGGACAGGUAGAGUCUCUGGAAGCAGUGCUCCAAAAGCUUGCUCCCAGCUGGUGUCAGGGACCUGCCUUCUCAUCCUGAUAGUGCCACAAUUUAUACAGCCCCCUGUGUGACCUGUUGUCUCUCAUAGCCUGCAGUUCUUGCCAGUGGCUCAGUUAGGUUUGUCUUCACCCACCAGCUUUGUUCCAGCCAGCGAAGGUGAACAGUUUGCAGCUUUGCCAAAUCAAAGUUAGUCCUCUCCUCUCCCCCAGCCCCACCAUUUUUUAGAGGGAUUUAAUUCUGUCUAUAAUGUCCAUUAAACAACUUCCUGUCCAACUCCAUUUUCAUUGGUAGUGGGAAGAAUAAGAAUCAAACCCUUAGAAAAAUUUGAAGAAACUUAACAGCUGCUGCUUCAUAGAGAAACAGUUUACGAGAUUUUUCUCUGUGAAUGUCAAGUUCUCCAGAUGUUCAGAAAAGGAGGUCAUCCCUGAGUGGCUCGGGUCGUGACAGUUGGGAGGGGGACUCGUGUGGUUGAUGCAGAAGAUCUACUUGGGCUUUUGAACUUGAGUGAGGAGAGGCCCAGGUAACUCCAGGGCCCCAGGAUGUCCAAACCCCAUGUGCUUUCUUAGAGGCAAAGCUUUUGCCUUGGCCCCCUCAUGAAUUUAUAUAUAUAAAUGUUGAUUCCGGAACAAGCCACACAGUACCACCCCUCACUCCCCUUCAAGAGCCUGACCCACACCAACAGGGGCCCUGUUUGAAUCAGAAUAUAAUUUCUGCUGUAGCCCAUUGCUCAGGAUGGGGGCCUGAGCCAAGAUGUGCAAUAGGAGCAGGUGGCUGUGGCUUUCUGCUGGAUGUGCCAUGUGCUUCCUAGGUCCUGCCUUAACCCCUCCCGGCCUCCUGCAGUCCCAUCUUCCUACUUCCUUUGAUGGCCUGGAGGGGGUGUGCAAGGCAGGCAGGACAGGGUAUGAGCCUCCCUCAACAAGGAAAAGAUGUAGCAACCAUACUGCCACUCUGUUGCCCAGGUUCAAGGAUUCUGCCUGGUGUCUUUUGCCCUGCUCCUCCUGCUUUACAGAGCCGAGGUGGGGCUUUGGCUGUAGGCUGGAAGUAAGACUCUACUCAACAAAUUUCUCUCCCACUGAACUUCGAUAAAUGGAAACAUUGGGGGUGAAGGGAAACAAUCACUAUUUUUUUCUUUUUUAUCUGGUAAAUAAUUAAAAGAGAAAACCCUAGA